CAAAGAGCUGAAAGUCAAGGGAGCAACAGUCUUCAGCGUCAGCUAAAGUUCAGGAGCAAGAUAAAGAAAACGGGCAUGCGUCUCGGUUCUUUUGUGGCGUUUUUAUUUGCUUUCAAAGGUCCCACCGUUGCUCUUUGCUGAAAUGGAGCUGCCAGAAAAUCAAAUGGAUUCUGUAAAGUUCUGCUGCUCCAUCUGUCUGGACCUGCUGAAGGAUCCGGUGACUAUUCCCUGUGGACACAGCUACUGUAUGAACUGCAUUAAAGCCCACUGGGAUGGAGAGGAUCAGAGGAGAAGCUACAGCUGCCCUCAGUGCAGACAGACCUCCAAGCCGAGGCCCGUUCUGGUGAAAAACGUCAUGUUAGCUGCUAUAGUGGAGGAUCUGAAGAAGACUACACUCCAAGCUGCUCCAGCUGAUCUCUGCUAUGCUGGACCUGAUGAUGUGGCCUGUGAUGUCUGCACUGGGAGGAAGAUGAAAGCUGCCAAGUCCUGUCUGGUCUGCUUGGUGUCUUACUGUGAGAAUCACCUCCAGCAUCAUUAUGAGGUCCCUGGACUGAAGAAGCACAAGCUGUUCAAUCCCUCCAAGAACCUCCAGGAGAACAUCUGCUCUCGCCAUGAUGAGAUGAUGAAGACCUUAAUGUCUGAAUUUGAAGCAGUCUCAGCUGCAGCAGAAAGGGCUGAGAAGCAGAAGGAGCUCCAGGUGAGUCGACAACAAAUCCAGCAGAGAAUCCAGGACCACGAGAAAGAUGUGAAGCUGCUUCAACAGGAGCUGGAGGCCAUCAAUGUCUCUGCUGAUAAAACAGUGGAGGACAGUGAGAAGAUCUUCUCUGAGAUGAUUCGUCUGAUCCAGAAAAGAAGCUCUGAUGUGAAGCAGCAGAUUAGAUCCCAGCAGGAAACUGAAGUGAGUCGAGUCAAAGAGCUUCAGGAGAAGCUGGAGCAGGAGAUCACUGAGCUGAAGAGGAAAGACGCUGAGCUGAAGCAGCUCUCAGUCACAGAGGAUCACAGCCAGUUUCUCCUCAACUACCCCUCACUGUCAGCACUCAGUGAGUCUACACACUCACCCAGCAUCAAUAUUCGUCCUCUAAGAUACUUUGAGGACGUGACAGCAGCUGUGUCAGAGCUCAGAGAGAAACUACAGGACAUCCUGAGAGACACAGGGACAAACAUCUCCCUUACUAUCACUGGAGUGGAGGUUUUAUUGUCAGAACCAGAACCAACGACCAGAGCUGGAUUCCUAAAAUACUCACAGGAAAUCACUCUGGAUCCAAAUACAGCACAUAGACAACUGUUAUUAUCUGAUGGAAACAGAAAAACAACAUUAAUGAAGAAACCUCUGUCUUACUCUGACCAUGCUGACAGAUUUACAUUUUAUGAUCAGGUGCUGAGCAUCCAGAGUCUGACUGGACGUUGUUACUGGGAGCUGGAGAGGAGAGGUGACGCAAUUUAUGUUGCAGUUUCAUACAAGGACAUCAGCAGGGAUGGGACUUCAGAUGAAUGUGUGUUCGGAUUCAAUAACAAAUCCUGGGUGUUGAGCUGUAACACAAAGGGUUACACAUUUUUACGCAGCAGAGUUAAAACUCCAGUCUCAGGUCCAGUUUCCUCCAGAAUAGGAGUGUACCUGGAUCACAGAGCAGGUAUUCUGUCUUUCUACAGUGUCUCUGAAACCAUGACUCUCCUCCACAGAGUCCAGACCAGGUUCACUCAGCCUCUAUAUGCUGGAGUCCGGCUGUUUGAUGAGGGAGACUCCGCUGAGUUCAAAAUACCUGAAUAGGCCAACACAGAGAACAGGAAGCAAAUGUUUCGCCAUGAAGAUGUUAGAAUAACGCUUUUGGAAAUAAUUAGAAUAAAGUAAUUAAUAAAGCAUUAAUUUUAUUAGAGCAAUUACAAAAAAAGCUUUCUCGUAUGUUAAAAUAAGGAAUGUUGAGCAUCUUGUAAAGUUAUACUUUGGUACCGAUUUAACAAAUAAAUUACUCUUUAGUCUAUUUAUAUAAAUGUUUUCAUAGAAAUAAGAAAAUACGAAAUGUUUUUAGUGCAUCUGAAUCAUAAUAAGGACUUUGAAAUGAUUGGGCAAACAACUGUAUGACUUUAUUCUCACAAUAUUACACAUUGUUCUCAUAAAAAUAGGAUUUUAUUCAGCUUAGAAAUUUGCUGAUUAAUUUCACGUAUUUGUGAGAAAAAGCUUGGAUGUUUCUGAUGUCAAAAAGUCAUAAAAGAGGACAUUUCACAUUUUCAAGCAAAAAAUAUUGUUUUCUAUGUUGUGCAAUUAUACACUGUUUAAAGUUAUUUCAUG